UUUCCCAUCUUCAUUCUCCCUCCCAUUCAUAACUCCAAUUACUUCAAAUAUGUAUCCAUCAGUUUCAAGCGAUUAUAAUAAAUCUCCGCCGCCUCACAAAGAGCCCCCGACUGGCAUCCCGGUAGGUGGGCCACCACAAAAUCAAGCUCCCGCCGUUUGGUCCUCCGAUCUCUGUAAUUGCUGUGACGAUGUCUCAAAUUGUUUCAUAACAUGUUUUUGCCCGUGCAUCACAUUUGGACAAAUUGCUGAAAUUACGGACAAAGGGGCAAUUUCUUGUGGCGUAAGUGGGGCCCUGUAUUGUCUCAUAGCAUUUGUUAUUGGAUGCCCUUGUUUCUAUUCAUGUUUCUAUCGCUCUAAGCUUAGGAAGCAAUAUAUGUUGCCUGAAAGCCCCUGUGGAGAUUGCCUUGUUCAUUGUUGUUGUGAAUCCUGCGCUCUGUGCCAAGAGUACCGUGAACUCAAACACCGUGGAUUCAACAUGUCACUUGGAUGGGAAGGAAAUAUGGACAGACAAAAUAUGGGAGUUGGAAUGACGGCUCCUGGAGUUCAAGGAGGAAUGAACCGAUAAUUCAGUUAUGCAUAGUAGAGUGGUUCAACUACUUUCUUCCAACAAUUUAUUUAACAUAUUGUAUAAUUUGCCAUAGUUUUAAAUGUGUUUGUUUGUAUAAGUAGUUUCUCGAGUUUUACAUUUGCUUUGAGUGUAUGUUCCAAUGCAAUAAGUUUUAAAUUUAAUUAAAGUAUGCCGCAAAAAUAAAAAAGAUAUUAAUUUUUCAUA